AUGUCGGAUAACCAAGGUGGCACCAAUCCCACAGGCAACGUCCUCGGCGGCAUCAGUGACACAGCCGGCAAAACCGUCGGCGGAGUGACCAAUACCGCCGGUGGUCUUCUCGGAAACCUAGGCAAGACUGUUGGCGACGCAACAUCGGGGCUGGGAAACACGGUAUCCAAUGUAUCUCAGGGACUUGGAAAUACCGCGUCGGGCGCUGGCGAGAACAUUCGUGGCGGACUAAGUAGCAUUGGUGGUGGUGGUUCUGGACAAGGAGGUGCUGGAGGCACGACGGGUGGUGGUCAGAAGCAGACUGCUGAGAAUCCAUUGGGAUUGAAUAAGUAG